CUUCCUCGCUUCGCACCUGCGAUGUGCGCCAGGGCUGGCCGGACAAUCCCUGGCGCAGACAGGUGCCGGUCGCCAAGCUCCCUGCCGCUGGCAGAUUGACUGCCCGCACCGGAGGAGCGGCUCGCCGCCGCUUUGCAGCGCUGGGGGGACGCGGGAGCUGCCUGGCUGCAGCCUGUCCAAAGGCUGUCUCAUUUCAUAGAUGAUCAUAUUCUCUCCCCCCCCUUCUUUCCCCUCGGAGGCUGGUUCAGUUGCUCAUGACGUGCCUCCCUCGCUGAGCUCGCAGCCCUCCCGCUUCCCAGCUCCCUCAUUCCUGCCUCCCGCUGCAGCUGCCUUGCAUUAUUUCGCCUUUCCCCCUUCCCUCCUCCCCUACCCGCCACUUUCCCGAGCCAGCUCGAUUCAUUUUCUCUCUCUCGCUGCUGCACGGAGGAGGAGGAGGCAGAAGAACGCCGGCAGGGGGGGGAGAGUGGCUGGUUUUUAAUCCCCCCUCCUCGAUCCAUUUUCUAUUUGCAUUUUUUUUUUUUUGUAAUUGCAAAAGAGGCUGGGAAGCCUUUGAGUCUCCUCGCCAGAUGAACGUCUCCCUGGACUGCUGGAACUCUUGACUCCGGAUUACUCCAAACAGGGUCUGGACAGCGCUUUUACGGAGAAAAAAAUAGCCCAAGACAGCAGCUGGAGUCUGGAAUAAUUAGUAACCAUGACGACAGAGACGGGCCCAGAUUCCGAGGUGAAGAAUACCCAAGAGGAAACUCCGCAGCAGCAGCUAGAGGCAGCAGCAAGUGGGCCAGAUGCAAUGACCGGUAGCUCUGUUCCCACAGCAAACAACCAGGAAGCGGAUGCUAACGAGAAGCCAGGAGCCCACAGUGACUCCAAACAUGCAGAGCGGGCUGUGGACAUGGACGAAAAAGACUACAGUGAAGCAGAUGGGAUAUCUGAGAGAACCACCCCCAGCAAGACUCAGAAAUCACCUCAGAAAGUCACCAAAAAGCUCAAGAGUGCCAUCUGCAGAGUGACCUUGCUUGAUGCCUCAGAGUAUGAGUGUGAAGUGGAGAAACAUGCCCGGGGCCAAGUGCUCUUUGACAUGGUCUGUGAGCAUCUCAAUCUCCUGGAGAAGGAUUAUUUUGGACUCACAUUCUGUGACUCAGACAGUCAGAAGAACUGGCUGGACCCCUCUAAGGAAAUAAAAAAGCAGAUUCGCAGUGGUCCCUGGAACUUUGCUUUCACUGUCAAGUUUUACCCUCCUGACCCUGCCCAGCUCACAGAGGACAUCACAAGAUACUACCUGUGCCUGCAGCUCCGAGCAGACAUUAUCAGUGGGCGUCUGCCAUGCUCCUUUGUCACACACGCUCUGCUAGGCUCCUAUGCAGUACAAGCUGAACUGGGCGACUAUGAUGUGGAGGAGCAUGUGGCCAACUAUAUCAGUGAGCUUCGUUUUGCCCCAAACCAGACCAGGGAACUGGAAGAGCGCAUUAUGGAGCUGCAUAAAACUUACCGGGGCAUGACACCUGGGGAGGCAGAAAUUCACUUCCUGGAAAAUGCUAAGAAGCUUUCUAUGUAUGGAGUUGACUUGCAUCAUGCCAAGGAUUCAGAAGGCAUUGACAUAAUGCUGGGUGUUUGUGCAAAUGGCCUGCUCAUCUAUAGAGACCGGCUGAGGAUAAACCGUUUUGCCUGGCCCAAGAUCCUCAAGAUUUCAUACAAGAGGAGUAACUUCUACAUCAAAAUUCGACCUGGUGAGUAUGAGCAGUUUGAAAGUACCAUUGGGUUCAAGCUGCCGAACCAUCGUUCAGCCAAGAGACUUUGGAAAGUUUGCAUUGAGCACCACACGUUCUUCAGGCUGGUGUCCCCGGAGCCUCCUCCAAAAGGCUUCCUCGUAAUGGGCUCCAAGUUCCGCUAUAGUGGGCGAACACAGGCACAAACGCGCCAGGCCAGCGCCCUGAUCGAUCGUCCCGCCCCAUACUUUGAGCGCUCCUCCAGCAAACGGUACACCAUGUCUCGCAGCCUCGAUGGAGAGUUCUCCCGCCCAGCUUCAGUCAGCGAGAAUCACGAUGGAGGAGCAGAGUCAGAGAAGAGAGAAGAAGACAGCAAGUAUGGCAGAAGGACGCUUUCCGAGGCUGAGGAUGAUGAGUUGACCACCCCCACAAAAAUCAAGGAACUAAAGCCGGAGCAAGAAACCACCCCAAGGCACAAGCAGGAGUUUUUAGACAAACCGGAAGAUGUUUUGCUAAAGCAUCAGGCCAGCAUUAAUGAGCUGAAGAGGACCUUGAAGGAACCCAACAGCAAACUCGUGCACAGGGACCGGAGACUGCCUUCCUCACCUGCCUCUUCCUCACCCAAACACGAGGAUGAGACACCAAAGGGAACCCCAGAGAGGACUAAUGAGAGAGCGGGAUUGAGGGAGGGCACAGAGGAAAAAUCUAAGCCGCCACGGCACAGGGCUCCUGAAAGUGACACAGGGGAUGAGGACCAAGACCAAGAGAGAGACUCAGUCUUCCUAAAGGACAACCAUUUGGCCAUCGAGCGCAAGUGCUCAAGUAUCACUGUCAGCUCAACUUCCAGCCUCGAGGCCGAGGUGGACUUCACAGUCAUUGGUGACUACCACAGCGCAGCCUUUGAAGACUUCUCCCGGAGUCUGCCCGAGCUUGACAAGGAAAAGAGUGAAGGAGAAGGAGAAAGUCAGGUUUCUUCUCAAGAAUCUGACAGACCAGCUCCCAAGCAAGAAGAUGAUGCCAAGGAUGGUGAUAAAGCUUCCUAUGUAAUCCCGGAAGAGUCAUCAGCUGUGAAAGGAGAGACCUCUGUGCACGACAGAAUCACUGCAAUAGAAACUACGCAGGUUGACGGAACCACCACAGGCGGAAAAGAGACAAUAACUACUUCCCACAUUGUCAGCACAGAAACCAUAUCUACAUCCUCUGAGCACAGCACUCCCAAGCCUGGGAAGGGAACAACAGAACUUCGCUCCAUCUCUCCAAUCACCAGCAGUGCUGUUGGGAAAGAAGCCUUCACCAGCCUUUUUGGGGCCACAGCGGAAACUCUCUCAACCUCCACAACUACCCAUGUUACCAAGACUGUGAAAGGAGGAUUUUCUGAAACGAGAAUAGAAAAGCGAAUCAUCAUAACAGGAGAUGAAGAUGUGGACCAGGAUCAGGCUUUGGCUUUGGCAAUCAAGGAGGCAAAGCUGCAGCAUCCCGACAUGCUGGUAACCAAAGCUGUAGUAUAUCGAGAAACAGAACCAUCUCCAGAAGAAAAGGACAAGAAGCCUCAGGAAUCUUGACCUUUGUGUUUCUAGAAGUUGGCAUCUCUAUUUUAAUUUGAAGAAGGGGCCUUUUAUGCUGGAUUCCUCAAUGAGACACAGAACGUCCUGGCUGCAAGAAUAAUGUUGAGAGACAAAAAAAUUAAAUAAAAAAGGAAUAGCAAAUAUAUUAUAUAUUAUAUAUACAGGAAACAAAAAUGCAUCCUUGCACUGCUGCUAUAUGCCGGAGAUGAAUUACAAACAGCCAACAUCAGCAACAAAACAAAACCGACCACCUCUUCAAAGAAAUUGAAGAAUUGACUGGACUGAUCUUAAAAGAAAAAAAAAGCAACAUGAUGGUAAUAAUAUUAUUAACAAUACAAUAAACCACCGUUCUGCAUGUUACAUUUAAAGGAUACAUAGCUCAUUUGUUGCACACUGAAUGGAAAAGCAAAAAUGCUUUGCAACAAAGCAAGAAAUCAACAAGCAAAACCACAAAAUGAUUCCCUGCAUAGGAAAGAAUAAAAAAACCAUUCACUUGUAUGAUGCUUGUUUUGUUAUUUUCCAUACUGGGAUGUGUGGUGAUCAUUCUUUCUCCCCACUCCAUGCCACUUCUGUUUUGUUUAUUAUCCCAACUUGUCUUUUUUUAUUUUUUUUUAAAUCCUUCCUCUCUACAUCCAGUCAUUUGUUCUGAUGAAAAUAAUUGACUGGGUUUCACUGAAAGCAAAGCAAAAUGAUAUGUACAUGAUUACCUUUUGAACAAGGCGCAGCCUGUAGAGGUUUCACAUGGAUGUGCUUUUAAGUUAUGUAUAUUAUAUAUAACUGGGGAGGGUGGGGAAUGAUAUUGAAACAAAUUAAAGUGCUGAUAAGUAUGACAAUGACAUUUUUACAUUAUAAUUAUUUGAUUGACCGUGGUUGAUGUAUUAUGAGACUCUUAGAUCAUGCUGAUAUCCCAUGAAAACAGAGUACAAAAAAUUCACUAAUUCUCUUGGGGGCGGUAUUUGUCUGUCACACACCUAACCUGUGCUCUUGCAAAAGAGACUGGCAUAGUGACACAGUAGUGUUUGUAAUUGGUUGGUUGGUGGUAAAGGCAGCAUUCAGCAACAUGAGAAGGUAGAUAAGAAAGAUGGAAUGAACUGGUGUUACCACAAUCCAGUCAAAGUCAGUAAAUUGUGCCAAUUAACAAUGCCUCCCUCAUUCUCAAGCCCCAAGAAAACGAGGCCAUGUUAAGGAUAGGACGUUCGGUUUAGGUUGCUUCCUUCACAACCUUUCAGGAUCUUGAAGAUUUUGAUCUCUCAGACCUAAGCGUUUAGUUGUUGUGGAGCUAUUGUACUCCAUGUGCCAGUUCUUUAAACUAUUUUUAAAAAUAAGACCCUAUGAUUUCAUAAUCCUUCUCAAGCUGACUAGCCACUGUCUUUAGCU